CGGUCCCAGUCAUUCUCGCCCCUCUCAGAAACUAUAUCGCAAGGGCUUUUAGUUCCGCCUUGCAAAUCUGCGCCCCUUUACCCUCAGGUUUGGGUCGCCGGCGAAGCGCCGAUCGCUGGGGUUUGAAUUAAAAAGGAGGGAGGAAAGACCAAAUUGUCCUAUCGUUCAGUGUCUCCUUUUGGGCACAGCCAAAGGAGAUGGCUUCUGAGGAACAUAGACCUCUUUUGGGGCCUAACACAGAGACAGAAUUGCAUGCUGCUGGAAGACCCUCUCAGAUGGAGAUUUAUUUGAGCAAAGUCCAAAACCACAAUCUCUACUUGGCAACCUUCGCCGCUGUCUUAGGACCACUAAGUUUUGGCUUCGUCCUGGGGUACAGCUCGCCAGCUAUCCCUAGUUUGAAACGCAGCGACAACCCAGAAUUAAGGCUAGAUGACACUCAAGCAUCUUGGUUUGGGUCUGUGGUCACGCUGGGGGCUGCUGCUGGUGGGACACUUGGAGGAUACAUGGUGGAUAAAAUUGGCCGGAAGCUUAGUCUGAUGCUCUGUGCGAUCCCGUACGUUUUUGGCUUCGUGGUCAUCAUCUCGGCCCAGAACAUCUGGAUGCUUUAUCUGGGACGGCUACUGAGCGGCUUGGCCAGCGGCAUCACAUCCUUGGUCGUUCCGGUGUAUAUAUCCGAAACGUCUCACUCCAAGAUCCGAGGGGUCCUUGGCUCGUGCGUUCAGCUGAUGGUGGUGACAGGCAUCCUGGGAGCUUACCUGGCAGGUAUGGUCCUGGAGUGGCGCUGGGUGGCAGUGCUGGGUGCCAUCCCUCCCUGCUUCAUGCUGGGGCUCAUGGCUUUCAUGCCUGAAACACCUCGUUUCCUGCUGCGCCAGAAUCAGCAGCCAGAAGCCAUAGCAGCUUUGCAAUUCCUGCGAGGCCCACUGGUGGAUCACGAGUGGGAAUGCCGGGGAAUUGAAGCCAACACCAGCGAACAGGAAGAACUGAGCCUUGCUGAAUUCAAGAACCCUGCCAUCUACAAACCACUCCUUAUUGGUGUUGCCAUGAUGUUUUUCCAGCAAGCAUCGGGGAUCAAUGCCUUGAUGUUUUACACAGAAACUAUCUUUGAACAGGCCAACUUUAAGAACAGCAGUGCUGCUUCUGUUAUUGUUGGAUCCAUCCAAGUCUUCUUCACAGCAAUGGCAGCCCUCAUUAUUGAUAGGACAGGGCGAAAAAUUCUUCUAAUCUUCUCAGGAUUUAUCAUGGCUGCCAGUGCUACAGUGUUUGGGAUAUAUUUCAGAAUCACCCUCCCCAGCCCCAGCAAUUCCUCACAUCUCGAACUGCUGAACACCCCCUUGAACACAUCAUUUAUGGAAGAAGGACACAGCCUGGCGUGGUUAGCAGUGCUGAGCAUGAGUUUCUUCAUUAUGGGCUUUGCCUUGGGCUGGGGCCCCAUCCCAUGGCUUGUGAUGUCUGAAAUACUCCCCCUUCAAGCUCGAGGAGUAGCCAGCGGGGCCUGUGUCCUCACCAACUGGCUCAUGGCUUUUCUGGUCACCAAGGAGUUCCACGACCUCAUGGUUCUCCUAACACCUUAUGGUACCUUCUGGCUAUUCUCGUCCACCUGUUUGCUCAGUGUGGUCUUCACCAUCGUCUGCGUUCCUGAAACUAAAGGGAAAAGUCUAGAAGACAUAGAAGAAUAUUUUCGGAGGCCACGUUAGACGUCUCCAAACAAGGUUCUCUUUCCCCCAUCAGGGAUUUCACUAAGCUUGUGGUGAAGAUGUUGGCUGCUGAGGCCAAAACCUGUUCUUUACCUUUUCCAAGGAGAUUGACAUGGUGAAGGUGACAUCACAGUGGAGCUCUGGCCAGGCCCGAUUUGACUCUCAUCAGGAAGGCCAUACAGCAUUAUUAAUGAAGGUGGUGCUGCGUUUUCUGAUCUGCAGGCCCAGGAUGCUCAGGCUUCCUAAUUCAGAUGUUCAUUAUGCCUUGUUCUUUGCAACAAGGAUGCUGCUUGAGUGUCGCUUCAAUAAAAGACUGUUAAGACCA